AUGGCUACCAACGCCACGGCAUCGUCUCCAGACAUGCCUAUCACUAUCAAGAUCAUCAUAAGCGGCAAGGAUGAAAAUCGAAAGUUCAAGCUUCCUCUGAGGGAUCUUGGUGCCAAUUCGCUGCCCAACAAGCUUCGCACUUUGCUCAACAUUCCUUCAAGUCAGACCACUGUCUUUGAGCGCUAUUCCGACAGCUCGUCUUCGUUCAUCACCCUAGAUAGCAGUAUUCCAUCUGUCUACAAGCAACUGUACCGUGCUGCGAAAGCCAAGCAGAAGCUCAAGAUCCGAGUCACCAUCACUGAAAAGCCAGUUACCAAGCCGAUCGAGAUGCCAAAGUCAGACUCGGUCGUCCCUGACCGUCUUCCUACUCGAUGCUACGUUCAUCCCUAUAUCUCGGAUCCUGUCAAGGCUGAGAAUGACUUGCUGGAGGAAUCAAGAAUCGAUGCGUACGUCCGAAGGAACUAUCCAUCAGCUGCGACACUUGUGCCCUCCGUCAAGUCCAGCUCAGAGUCGCAGCAUGAGGAAGCUGAAGAUACAACCUUAAAGCCUUCUAAACCUUACUACUGGCCAAUCUCAGAGGAUGGCGGUUUCUCUGACGCCACAAAGACAGCUUUCCAGAAGAAGGAUGUAUCCCCUGCAGCAGCAAAAGAAACGCUUGCCGAGAACGAUUUCGAAGACGCGGAGUCCGUGCCUCGCUUCUUCUCCACUAAGAAUGACUUUACAGCUGUCGAUGACCAUUCGAAUAUUACCGAGGCGCUGGAGUCAAUGCGACAAGCCAGCGCUAGAGACUGCUUGGUUCCAAGCAACUCUUUCACCAUCUGCUGCAACAAUUGCGAUAAGCCAAUCCCAGAUGCCCACUGGCAUUGCAGCAUUUGUGAACGUGGUGACUUUGAUCUGUGCCAAGACUGUGUUGAGAAGGGCUGCCUUUGUGACAGCGAGGACCACUGGUUGAUCAAGCGGUUCGUUAAGGGAGGGAAGGUCAUCAAUAGCACGACCGAAACCAUUGCCCCAAAGAAGGCUAUCAAGGUUGAGGAAAAGGCAGUCCCGGGUGCUUUCACUUCGGAUACCAAGAAAGAGAACGUCCACGAAGCUCUCGAUCUCAGCCGAACUUGCAACUCUUGCGUUGGAGUGUUCCUUGAGGCAACCUUUGUUACAUGUACCGUCUGCGAAGACUACGACCUUUGCAUGCCAUGCCACGUUGGCUUGAAGCAUGGUCAUCAUCCUAGCCACGCGUUUGAACCUGCUUCGAAGGACACAGUUCUUACCAGUUUAGCUGACAAGCUCUGCCCUCCUGGCCGCAACAUGCGUCAUGGUGCAAUCUGCGAUGGCUGCGACGAGGACAUCUGUGGCGUCCGUCACAAGUGCAUGACCUGCCCAGACUUCGACUACUGCUCGACAUGCAUCAAGAAAGCUCACAAGACUCACCCAGGACAUCGUCUAGUCCCGCUAUAUGAGCCAGUGUCACAGAAGCCCCGAAGCUACCAGCAUCACACCGGUAUCUUCUGUGAUGGCCCUCUAUGCGCCGACAAAGGUGAAUACAUUGUGGGAGACCGAUACAAAUGUGCUGUUUGCCACGACACCGACUUCUGUGCGAACUGCGAGGCUCUGCCUAAGCUGAUCCAUAACCGCACUCACCCCUUGAUCAAGUUCAAGACUCCUGUUCGCAAUGUCUCGGUCACCACCUUGGGCGAAAAAGGUAAUGGAGAGCAAAUGCGUACCAUGGGCGACCAGUCUCCACAGACAAGCUCUAAGUCCACGGAGACUACUCCAGCUGCACCGUCGGCCAACGCUGCUACCCAGGUCCAAACUGUCGCGGAAGUCAUGCCUACCGAGUUAAUUGAGGAAGAGCCCAAGGUCGUGGCCACCAAGCCCAUCGCUGCCCCCGAGCUUCAAGCUCACUUCAUUCGUGACUCCGUCGUCGACGGUUCUUCCAUGCCACCAAGCAAGCAAUUCGAGCAAACUUGGACUCUUCGCAAUCCCGGCCCACACGCUUGGCCCGCAGGCUGCACCGUCUGCUUCAUCGGCGGCGACGGCAUGCUAGACGUUGACCCCAACCACCCAUCGCACGUAACGCAAAUCUACAAAGCGACCAAGAGCAACGUCAUUGAUCGCGUUGUCGAAGUUGGGGAGGAAGUUGACUUCACAGUCAAGAUGCGUGCCCCUGAGCGCCAGGGUAAGGCUAUCUCCUACUGGCGUCUCAAGGACACCACUGGUCUACCAUUUGGUCACAAGCUCUGGUGCGACGUCGACGUUAAGGCACCUGAGCCUGUUGUCGAGAUUGAGAUAGCCAAGACCGAGCAUAUCGAAGAUAUUGCCAAGCACGCCUCAGUGAAAGAUGAAGAAGAGGAACAGCAGACCGAGAGCAAGAUGAUCUUUCCCAAGCUCGACAAGGAAUCUCCUGUCUCUAGCACUUAUGGGGCUGAGGCUACUACUACUCCUGCCGCAGUACCACCUGCCCCAGUGAGCGUCAAGGAUCCAUUGGAGGACGUCGAGAGCCUUGAGCUUGAUGACGAGGACACUGAGAGCGAUGAGGCGUUCUUGACUGAUGAGGAGUAUGAGCUUAUUGCUUCCGAUGACGAGAUGGAGACGGCGAAAAAUGGGAAGAAGUAG